AGCAGAAGCUGAGAAGGGGGGUGAGGGGGAAAAAGAAACUGCUUUCUAGGUCUGGAUUUCAUUUGACUCUCUCUCUCCCCCCCUCCUGUUCCCAUGUGCUGCACGGCGCGGGGGGAUGAAUGCUGAGCCUGUUAGCUCAGAGCUGCGAGCCGGGAAGAGGGAGGAAAAUAGCCGAGCUCUUGGCAUGGAGACGCGUUUCUGCUCUGAAGCUCUGAAAAGAUCCUUUGAGGUCGAGGAGGUAGAUCAGUCUUCAAAUUCCUCCACUCCACAAAGACGGACCCCAAACCCCCUUCUUAGGUCCACUGUGUCCAGCUCCACACAGAAGUUUCAGGAACUCGGCGCCAGGAAUUUGGAGCCAUCUGCCCGACAUGCGGACCUCACAGGCCAAAGAUCACCCAAGCCCUCUCUGAGGAGAGUGGAGCUCUCUGGACCCAAACUGUCCGAGCCGGUGUUCAGAAGAACAGAAAUCUCCAUUGACAUCCAGUCCAAGCAGGUGGAGAACUCAGGGGUGUCAAGGUUUGGCCUCAAAAGAGCAGAUGGGCUGGGGCACAAACCCCCUGAGCCCACCCCAAGGAGGACUGAGCUCAUCCUCGGCAAGCCCCAGGAGCCGAGUCUCCGGAGGGUGGAGACUCCCCCAUCAAAGAUCCCUGAGAUGCCUCAACGAAGAGCUGAGGUGGGCAACGCUUCUGUGCCCGACGCGGCCACCAAGCGCGUGGAAAUUCAGGUAGCGAAGGCUGCCGAAGUCCCAGCCCCACCAGCGCGGCAGGUGGAGAGCUCGGAGCCUCCUUUGGCCACCCAGCCUCCCCAGGCAGAGCCAAAGCCACAGCCAGUGCUGAUGGAGAGCCCACCAAAGAGAGAAGAAGGUCCAGAAGCAGUUCCCAGCCACGCACCCGGCAUGACGGACGCUCCGCGGGAUGCCGGCCCCAAGCAGGCGGCGCCAACGCGGCCGGAGAAGCCGGCUGCGGACUUUGGCUACGUGGGGAUCGACGCCAUCCUGGAGCAGAUGAGGCGGAAAGCCAUGAAGCAGGGCUUCGAGUUCAACAUCAUGGUCGUGGGUCAGAGUGGCUUGGGGAAAUCCACAUUAAUCAACACCCUCUUCAAAUCCAAGAUCAGCAGGAAAUCUGUACAGCCAACUGCUGAAGAGCGGAUCCCCAAGACCAUUGAAAUCAAAUCCAUCACUCAUGAGAUUGAAGAGAAGGGGGUUCGCAUGAAACUGACAGUCAUCGACACCCCAGGCUUUGGAGACCACAUCAACAAUGAGAACUGCUGGCAGCCCAUCAUGAAGUUCAUCAAUGACCAGUAUGAGAAGUACCUGCAGGAGGAAAUCAACAUUAACCGGAAGAAGCGGAUCCCCGACACGCGGGUGCACUGCUGUAUAUACUUCAUCCCGGCCACCGGCCACUCGCUCCGGCCGCUGGACAUUGAGUUCAUGAAGCGCCUGAGCAAAGUGGUCAACAUCGUCCCCGUGAUUGCCAAAGCCGACACCUUAACGCUGGAGGAGAGGGACUACUUCAAACAAAGGAUAAUGGCUGAUCUUCUUGCCAAUGGCAUCGACGUGUACCCUCAGAAGGAGUUUGAUGAGGACUCUGAAGACCGGCUAGUGAAUGAGAAGUUCAGGGAAAUGAUCCCCUUUGCAGUAGUGGGCAGUGACCAGGAGUACCAGGUUAAUGGAAGAAGAAUUCUUGGAAGGAAGACCAAGUGGGGCACCAUUGAAGUGGAGAACACGACACACUGUGAGUUUGCCUACCUGCGGGACCUCCUCAUCAGGACACACAUGCAGAACAUCAAGGAUAUUACCAGCAACAUCCACUUCGAAGCCUACCGGGUGAAGAGGCUGAACGAGGGCCAGAGCUCGCUGCCCAAUGGCGUGGCCGACAAAGAGCUGGUGGCUAACGAAAUGUAACCCUCUGGCCCCGCAGCCAGGGCCUCGCUCGCUCACGCUCGCUCUUUCUCCCCUCUCCCCCCUUUAUUUUUGUAUAAACCCUCUGCCACUCUCCCCCUCCCCCUGCCCCCAAGCCCCCUGCCAAUGUUAACUGACCAAAUAACCAGGCGCCGUCUCAGUCGUGCGGAGCAGGGUGACCGCUCGGCCACCCCACUUGCUGCCAUAGGUUUUCUUCUCAGCCCCUGGGCAGCAUCCCUGGGCUGGGGGCUGUCUCCCUGUGGAGGUUGGACUCUUUCUAUGCCCCCCAGUGCUGGCCUGACAGCCGAGCUCGGGGCAGCAGAUCCAUGGGGUUGGGGUGACCGUGGGAGCCCUCCCGCCCCUCCGUGCAGAGGCUUUUCUCCGUCCGUUGAAGGAAAGGGUUCUCCAAGGGAGUGCAGCCUUUGGAUUCAAGGUGCCGGUGGUAUGAAGAGAGCAAGAUGGCAAGACAGCCUUCCUUGUCUCCUGCUGCCUCCUGCAAGCCCUCUGGGACCAGCCAGCCUGCAGCCCAACCCUUCUGGCCUACCUACAUGCAAUAAACUGGGAGUGUUUAGGUAUCACCUCACCUGUCACCAAGCCCUAGCCAGGCAAAGCCACCUGCUUUGGGAGAAGUGCCUUUUCCGACUGUUAUCUUGCAAUAGUGUGGGAGAGGGGAGGGGAGGCUUGCCUUGGCUGUCUGCAGCCUCCAAAAGGCCUGUGAUGCUCUGAGGAGGCUCCUUUUCCCUCUCCCUGGGACCGUAGCUGUGGCCAGUGUCCUGGGAACACUUGUCUAUUUAUUUUUCAUUUCAUCUGAGUGGGGUUUUGUCUGCUGGAGGCUCAGAGUGGGUCUGUCCAAAGGGAGCUGAGAGUGGAAGGUCUCUGCAAAGCAGUGGUGGGAGGGAGAGGGUUGUCCUGCCUGACCCUUGUGAUUCUUGGGCUUUUCCCUAGGUCAGAGGAAGCUGUUGGGUGUUUUUUAAUUGCUCUUUUUUCUUGUUUGUCUCCCCUGUGUGCUGUGUGUACCUGUAACACACUGCUCUGUUCUGCUAGGCCCUGUGCAAGGGCACUGUGCAUGUGUGGACCGAGCCCUGCAGCCCUGGGGAAGGCUGGGGCAGUGGUGGGUGCUGUGCUCCAUGCCCCACCCUGCUCUGUCCCCCCUUCUCUGUGCCCCACUCCUCCUCUUCCAAUGAGUCUCCAGUGAAUAAGACCCUGGGGGGGUCUCUUUAAAUAACAUGACAGGAGAAGAUGGUCUUUGAGCAGAGCUCUGCAGUACUGUCCCCCCUCCCUGCUUGCCUUUCUGUUGUCUGCUCCAUCAGUCUCUGUAUCCUCUCUAAGGGAUAAAACUUUCUGCUAACUGCCCUAUUUUGGACACCCACACAACUAAAAUGGCAGCCUGUCCCAUCUAGCACUGAAAGGUACCUGCAGAACCCACUGGUGAUCUGCAUGGUGGGGCAGAGCCACCUUCUUCAGCACAGGUGACCAGGAGGAGGUUGGAGGUUGCUCUCCUCUUGGUGGGGAUGCCCAAAUGACGUUGCUCAGCAGAGGGUUUGAAGGGACUCCCCACACAUGCCCCCAGCAGCCAAAGGGGUGCAUGCUGAGGAGCACAUCACAAGGAGGAUCUGCUCUCGCCUUUCACUCCUGUUCCACCUCCUGCAGCAGCACGACAGAGCUGUUGGGGAAGACCAACUCUCUGCUUCUUGACUUGCUAUCCUUUAGCAAAAACAAAACCAAAAGAAGGCUUAUUAACUGAAAACAAAAAUAUGUGUUUCAAGUGUUAAAAAAGACCAUGGAAGGGGAGAAAAACCUCUUGUGUGUGAGGCACUUCUGCAAAUGUCAUCUAAAGCUUUUCUUUUCCUCUAGUUGAUAUCUCAAGCUGGGCCAAGCCAGACACGCAGCUUUCUCCUUUGUAACCUGAUUUUGGUUUGGUUUGGAUUUUGGUUUGGUUUUGGAAGAAAGAAAAAGAAAAUAAUACAAUGAAAAGCCAAACAACCCACAACUCCUUUCAUCCAGAUCUAUUAAAAAUGGCCUUUUGGGGGUUAUAAGCAUUAUGACAAAUUUAGUCCCCUUUUUUUUUUUUUGUAUAAAUAAUAGUGUUUAAUAUGUAUUUCCCAAAAUAAAUGUUUCAAAUGCAAAGAGAA